AUGCAUCAACUCUGGUGGAUGGAAACUUUAAAUGAUUAUGAAUGCGAAAUUCGUUACCAUCCCGACAAGGCUUAUGUUGUAACUGAUGCCUUCAGUCGGAAAGAAAGAAUUAAACAAAUAAGAGUUUGUGCUACAAGAAUCGAGCUACGGACCAGCGUAAAUGAGAAGUUGUUGGACACUGAAAAGCAAGCUUUAUUGGAGGCGAAGGGUCCAAAUGAAGGACUAGGUGGAACUGUAGAACAAUUAGCAUCUGGAAAGGAUGGAAUUUUAAGAUUUAAUGAUACGAUCUGGAUUUCCAUCUUUGGAGGACUCAGAGAUCUGAUUCUUGAAGAAUCACAUAAUUCAAAAUAUUAUGCACAUCUUGGUGGAGAUAAGAUGUACCAAGAUCUAAAGAGGAACUAUUGGUGGAUGGACAUGAAGAAGUCCAUAGCCACCCAUGUAGCUAUGUGUCUGACGUGUUCGCAAGUCAAAGCUGAACAUCAGAAACCGUUAGGCUUAACACAACAAUUGAAAAUACCCAAAUGGAAAUGA